AUGUCGCAAAUGAAGAUGGGUGACAACAGGAAAAUCGAAGGAGCAGUAGACUCGAUCAGCAACUUACCAGAUGAGAUCCUCCAACAACACAUACUAUGCUUUAUUCCAACCAAAAUAUCGAUCAGCACAUCCCUUUUGUCUAGACGAUGGAGGCAUGUAUGGUGUGAGGUACAUUCUAUCUCCUUAGAUGUGGAUACACUGACUGCAGCUUCGGUAAACGAAACCCUAAACCGCUACGCAGCUCCCAAGACGAAGAAUUUUCACCUCAGAAUAAAACCCAUUACAGAGAACAAACCAUACAUCGACAGGUGGAUCAAGUGGGCCAUGUCACACAACGUUGAGAGUCUCUCCCUCGAUUUAUGUUUUUCUCAUUUUAAAUAUGAGCUUCCUGAUUUCUUUUUCAACAGCUCUUCUGUCAAGCAACUCAAAAUUAAUUUACAAUUUUAUCAUAUGAUUGUUUUGCAACCCGAAUGCACUAUCUCUUGGACAUCCUUGCAGAAGUUAUCAUUGACUUCUUGUAGUCUCUCUAAUGAAUCCAUGGCUAAGAUUCUAUCCGGUUGUCCGGUUCUUGAGAACUUAACCUUCGAUUACUGGAAUGAACUAAAUGUUCUUGAUCUCAGCAAAUCCCUACGUCUGAGAACAUUAGAAUUACAACGUGACGAGUGGUAUCAGGGGCCAAGGCAGAUUGUGGCACCACACAUCCAUUGUCUCAGAUUGCAUGACUCUGGGUUAUCAUGUACUUUGGUUGAUGUCUCUUCUUUGGCCGAAGCUAAUCUUGAAAUUUCCUGUGUCUCAGACCGCUACACUGACCGCAUUUAUGAUCUUGAAACCAUGGGGCUAAAGAUGCUAGAAAAGUUACAUAAUGUUGAGAAGCUUACGUUUGGGGGAAACUUUAUUCAGCUUUUAUCUCUUGCUGAGAUUCGUGGUCCUGUCCCGAUACUCUGGGGUGGUGCUCCUUUCCCGAUACUCAAGGUCAAAGCAUUGACUCUUGAUAUAAAUAUUUGUCAGUAUGUUAUUCCUGGCAUAGAAAGACUGUUACAAAACUCACCUGAUUUAGAGAAGCUAAAAGUACGUGGAAGGACUCGCUUCCAAGUACCGGAGGAGUUUGCUGGCAACUACUUGAAAUUACGAGGCUUUAACGUGAACAAAUGCUGGAGAUCAAAAGAUGGAGUCUCUUGGAACAAGUGUUGUGAGGAUUUGAAAUCUGAGCAUGUGUCUUCAUUAGUGGAACUUGUGCUUAAGAACACUGAGAAACUAGACAAGAUGGUCGUAUUGUUGGAUGAACGUUACCUUAAUUUUAAAAUUGAAGACGUGGUGGUUCCAACACUUCCUCGCAACAAAAGUGUCAACGUUGUGCUCUCCAAUACCAAGUUGAUGGGAUCAGAUUCAGAAGAGUGGUGA